AUGCAACUCCAAGAAGGAUUGGCCGGUGCUGCCGCUGGCGUCAAGUUCGAUCCUAUGGAUCAGGAGCUGACCGAGCACCUUGAGGCCAAAGUGAGUGCUGACAGCGCGAGAUCUCACCCUCUCAUCGAUUUGUUCAUACCAACCAUCGACAGCAAGCACGACAUAUGCUACACCCAUCCUGAGAAACUUCCAGGUAUCACACUGAGUGGCCUAAGCAAGCAUUUCUUCCAGCGCAAUUCCAGGGCGUUCAAAAGGGGCACGUGGACGCGUUGCAAGAUACAAUCGGAGUGCGGCAUGCACGCGAUGUGGCACAAGACCGGCAAUACCUUGCCGGUGAUGGUCAAUGGCCGGCAGCCGGGCAACAAAAAUGUUCUGGUGCUGCACACCAACAAGAAGUUCGACCAUUCCCGCAAAAAAAAGAACUUCAACCAGCAGAGGACCAACUGGGUGAUACACCAGAACCACCUCGGGGACCUAGAGCAAGAGAAGGAGCGGGAGCUGGUCCUCUACAAGAUUUUCUACCAGACGAACACUAGGGCCAGGAUUAAAAAGAUUAUAAGUUAGUUUGGUAUUGG